AUGUCCUGCAUAAACACCAUAUUGGAGACAAUCCAGUUCCUGGUAUUGUUUAUAUAUUACUACUUUGAGGCUUUUAUUUUGCUGUUUUUUCCUACUCAUAAAAAUGUUGCUGGUGAAAUAGUGCUAAUUACAGGAGCUGCAAAUGGGAUUGGAAGGGAGAUUGCCAUACAUUUUGCUCCCCUUGGAGUCAAGCUGGUUCUCUGGGACAUUGAUGAAGAAGGAAACAAAGAGACAAUUCGACUGGCCAAAAUAAAUGGAGCCAAAGAAAUGUAUGCCUACAGGUGUGACUGCAGUAAUAGGAAAGAAGUCUAUGAAACGGCUGAUCUAGUUAGACAAGAAGUUGGCGAUGUUACUAUCCUAGUCAAUGAUGCAGCUGUUCCAAGUGUAAAGUACUUCAUUGAUACUCCAAACUUGGACCUUGAAAGAACAAUGGAUGUGAACAUUAUGGCUCAUUUUUGGACUUGCAAAGCCUUCCUUCCAGCCAUGAUUGCUCGUAACCAUGGACACUUGAUAAGCAUUUCAAGUGGAGCUGGACUUGUUGGUGUCACUAAAGUGUCAGACUAUUCUGCAAGCAAAUUUGCAGUAGUUGGCUUUCUGGAAAGUAUUGCUUUUGAAUUGCAGGCUACAGGGAAGAAAGGUGUUAAAACCACCAUUGUGUUCCUUAGUUAUGUAAAAACUCAGUUCACUGGUAGGCUUAAAAUCAAGUAA